AUGUCGCUGCUCCCAGUGUCACCACUGUGUAAUUUGGCCCAUUUUGCGGUUCACUGCUGUGUGGGAGUUGUACGCUCGCCGUGUAAAGGUUCAAUCUUGGGUGAACCUCUGUGGACGUGCCGUUUGCUCCUGACGGAAUGUGGUUACUCAGCAUCUGUUUUGACGCAGCAAAGCAAAGCAGUGUGCAACCAGGAAAUGCUCUCUUUAAAGUGUAGGGGAGUUCCGUUCGUUGAAUAUUGUGAUUCCCGGUUGAAGGAAGGUGUACUCGUACAUGUUGUGGCAAAGGUGUACAAAAAACCAAGGUUUGUUCCUAUUCAUGGCACGUAUGUAGAGGAUACCGAGUUGCUCGUCUCUGAACAGUUCGGCUCGUUGGUUCUUCUUGGGCAGCUGUGA